UAAUGCGCAGGACGACACCAAACCUCACUCACUACCGCUCACUUCCACCACACAUUCAAACUCCUUUCAGAUCUCGUUUCCGUCGCGUGUUUCAUCGCCGAUUUUUCGGUAAAAACACCGGCUAGAACCCACCCCCGGACCCAAACGAACCCACCCGAAAAAAAGGGGCGUGUUAGCCCCACGUGUGUCAUGACCAUAUGGGAAUUGGUGCAGUGAGUGUUGAAAUAAUCGAAUAAAAAAUCAAUCAAGCGAAAAAAAUGGAAGUGUUUCCGCUAAUUGGGCCAAACGACGAUUUCAAAGAAUUGUGGGAGGCUGACUUGGACCCGACGAUGCAAGAAGUGCUCCGUUUGAACGCAGCAGGCGAUGUGGAAUGGAGUUAUAUGGAAAAGGAUUUACCUGGGGUUAUAAUACACGAUCGACUCAUGACAGAUGCAGCCCUUGGUACAAGACCCAUAAAAACCGAACAUUCGUAUAGUUUAGCAUCGGAUGGGGAUUCACUGCCCGACUCGCCCAUUUCCCAUAAUAAACUAGAAGAAAUGGACGACGAGUGCUUUUCCCUGCCUUUGAAAAAAGACACGAUAACGAUAAAAGACGAACCGUUGAGCGAGUCCGACUCCUCCUCAUGCCCCUCCUCCCCGCAGUCCAGCUUCAUGAACACGAGCGAAUUGCAUUUCGACGUUGAAAUGGUAACCACGCCCCCAUUCACACACCAGCCACGCCUAACCACAAACUUACAGAAACCCACCAGCCAAUCACUACUCAAACCCUCCUCAAACGUCAUCAUCAGUUCGCCACAUAACGUCAUACCUCAGCGUAUUAUGCCAAAAUUGAACAUUAAAAUCGAACCGGGACACGGCUUCCACCUGCCCCCGACUCCGCCAUCGUGCAGCAGCAGCGAAGACAGCGAAGACAACGCCACCAUAUCGCAACCCCCCUCCCCCAACGUGCGCAAAACCAAUACGAGAGUGAUCAUGAGUCACGCGACCCGACAACCGAUACACACACCCCUGAUCAGCAGCCAACCGAAAGGAUCAACGGGGACCCUAGUUUUGACAGACGAGGAGAAACGGACGCUCAUUGCCGAGGGGUACCCCGUCCCCACCAGGCUGCCGCUCACCAAAGCUGAGGAAAAGUCACUAAAGAAAAUUCGAAGGAAAAUCAAAAAUAAGAUUUCGGCGCAAGAGAGCCGCCGAAAAAAGAAAGAGUACAUGGACCAGCUCGAGCGCAAGGUCGAAAAUUUGGUGUCGGAGAACAACGAAUAUCGCAGCAAAAUCGAGAGUCUUGAGGAUUCAAACACGAACUUAUUGAAUCAGCUCCAAAAGUUGCAAGCAAUCGUCGCGCGAACACACCCACAGUUGAUCAAACAGAUCAAGUAGGCUCCGAGUACAAAAAAAAGUCUUCCAUCAACAUUCCACAAACCAAAGUUUAUUAUAGUGCGGCUCAAAUAUUUUUGUACUUAAUUAGCUGUAUAUAAAGCGUGUGCCUUAAAUUUUUCUAUUGGGACCAUUGUAUUUAUUCGACUGAUUCGAUCCAAGAUGGCGUGCAAUGUACAUAUACUAUAUGUUUACGAAGUGUUGCAUUUUAUCAGAGUUUCUAUUUUAUAUAUGAAUGUUACUAGAGUUUAGCGAAUUUUUUUAAAUGAUGGGUUUAGAUAUAAUAUAACGUUUCCUCGUCUGUUUUAGGUAUGAGUGUCACGUCAAUAUGUUCCAAGUGUUGAUUAAUUAAUUAAUUUAAUUAAUUUUUAUUAUAUUUAUUAUUGUCUUAAAGGCAGGUGCCUUAUUCAUGCAGUUUCUAUGGCAUGAGAGGUUUUUAACACAUUGUUUUUUGUGUGCAAUUUUACUCCGAGUUUUGGGGUUUUUACUUCUUUUUUGUCAUUUUAUAGUGAUGAUCGUCUUGCUUUUAUCGCACUGUGGGUACCAAUAGUGUCUAUUAUUGUAACGUUUUGAUUGAAAUAAAUAACAAAGCAAACGAAAA